AUGUCCGCCGCCCUGCGCACCCGCACCUUCAUCAACCUGGCCCCGACGACGCGCGUCUCGGCCGCCGGCGCGCCCAUCUCGGCCGCCAACUUCGCUGCUCGUGCGCUUGUCGACGAGCACGACGCCCACGGCCACGGUGGCCCGGGCGUGCGCGCUGACGCCGGCGCCGUGCCGCGCUGGGCCGUUAGCCGCGCUGGCGCUGCUGGUGUGGUCCGCACGGGUGUGAACGCCAACCCCACGAUUGGCCAGCCGCGCUUCAUGUCGACGUCGUCGCGCAAGCUGCAGGCCGUGCCCGACUUUGGCGCGUACCGCACGUCGAACGUCAACAGCAACAAGGCCUUCUCGUACUUCAUGGUCGGCUCCAUGGGCCUGAUCGCCGCCUCGGGCGCGCGUGCCACGGUGUCUGACUUCCUCGCCUCGAUGAGCGCGUCGGCCGACGUGCUUGCGCUCGCCAAGGUGGAGGUCGAGAUGGCAUCGAUCCCCGAGGGCAAGAACGCCAUCAUCAAGUGGCGCGGCAAGCCCGUGUUCGUGCGCCACCGCACCGCCGACGAGAUCGACGAGGCCAACGCCGUCGACAUCUCCAAGCUGCGCGACCCGCAGAAGGACAGCGACCGUGCCCAGCGCCCGGAGUGGCUGGUCAUGCUCGGCUGUGUGCCGAUCGGCGAGGCUGGCGACUACGGAGGCUGGUACUGCCCGUGCCACGGCUCGCACUACGACAUCAGCGGCCGCGCACGCAAGGGCCCGGCCCCGCUCAACCUGGAGGUGCCGGCACACAGCUUCAACGACGACGAGAACAAGAUCGUCAUCGGCUAA